AUGGGCCAAGAAAACUCUCAGAUUGAUCCCAACACUCCCCCACGAACCCUGUCCUCUCGCUCCCUCGAUGGAGUAGCAGAAUACAUCAAAGAUGGCCAACCAAAACGCAUCGUCGUCAUGACCGGCGCCGGUAUCUCAACCUCAGCCGGUAUCCCCGAUUUCAGAUCACCUGACACAGGACUGUACUCCAACCUCGCACGUCUAGACCUCCCUCACCCAGAAGCCGUCUUCGAUAUAUCAUUCUUCAGAGAGAAGCCUGAGCCAUUCUAUGUCCUGGCGAAGGAGCUGUACCCCGGCAAAUUUUACCCAACGAUUGCGCACUCGUUCAUUGCACUGCUGGAUGAGAAAUUCAUGCUGCAUAUGUUGUUCACGCAGAAUAUUGAUUGCUUGGAACGCAAGGCUGGCGUACCAGGUGAGAAAAUAGUGGAGGCUCAUGGGAGUUUUGCGACGCAGAGGUGUAUUGAUUGUAAGACGGAGUAUCCGGAGGAUUUGAUGAAGAAGGCGGUGGAAAGUGGUGAUGUCCCGCAUUGUAUGGUGCCGGAGUGCAAUGGGCUUGUGAAGCCGGAUAUUGUAUUCUUCGGAGAGCAGCUGCCAAAAUCAUUCUUUGACAAUCGAGAUGCUCCACAAAAUGCAGACCUGGUUAUAGUGCUUGGAACAAGUCUCUCGGUUCAGCCUUUCGCACAUCUGCCCACUUUGGCGAGAGAAGGUGUUCCUCGGAUCCUGAUCAACAAGGAGCAAGUUGGCGACCUUGGAAGUCGGACGGAUGAUGUUAUGGUUCUGGGAGAUUGUGACGAGGGCGUUAGGAGGCUGGCUGAUGCUCUAGGAUGGAGAGAGGAACUGGAAGCGCUGUGGUACGAAACUACCGGAAAGCACAAGGAAAGGGCAGCUGCAGAGGUAGAGAACAAGAAGAAGGCCAUGUCCAAGGAUGAACUAUUGGAGGCUGAGGUUGCGAAGCUGACUGCGGAUGUGGAUGCUACGUUGAAGUUGACGAAAGAUCAUGAGGCAUGGGUCAACAAGGGUUUGGGUAAGAGUGCUGGACUGAAGGAACCUCCACCGACGCCUGCAACCCCCAAGAACGAGCCAAUCACAACCGAGAAAGUCGAGAAUGAGAAACCAGCUCAGGAGCCCAAGGUCGAUACGAAGGCGAUUUUGGAUCUGACGCUGCCUCAAAAUAAGCCCAAUUCCGAUCCACCCAAGUCCCACAUAUGA